UGUACCCCACCCUAACCCUCACCUCGUUCCAUCUAUUGUCUACAAUCUCUGUUUUGGACUUUGAUCUUUUUCUGCAAUUCUCAAUCGAGAAAUGGAGAGUGAAGCAGGCAAUCAACCUAAGCAUGAGCGCUCUAGGACAAGGUGGACAGCAUCCCUUGAUAAGAUAUUUGCGGACUUGGUUGUGAAGCAAAUUCAAUUAGGGAACAGACCCAACAAUGUUUUUGACAAAAAGACAUGGAAUCACAUUCGCAAUGAAUUUAACAAGCAAACGGACCUCAACUUCAACAAUAAUCAACUGAGGAAGCACUUGGAUGUUCUGAGGACUCGCUUCUACAAUUUGAAAUCGAGUUAUGAUCAAAGUAAUGACUUCACUUUAGACGCCUCCUGCUGUAUUGGUUUUGAUCUGUGGGAAGAUUUAGGGGCACAAACCAGGCCUGAAAGUGUCAAAGUCAAGGACUGCCCGAUAUAUGAGCAGCUGUGCACAAUAUUCACAGAUUCAUCUGCGGAUGGCAAGUACGCGCAAUCUAGUCACUAUGGAGAGUUGCACAAGUCUGCUACAACUGAAAACGGGGGUUUAAGUUCGUGUCCUGACAUUGGAGCCCCUCAUUGUGAAAAUCUACUGCCACCAAAACCUGCACAAGUAAACGUAUCACCAACAGAAAAGGUGGUUAAGAUACCUGAGAGACAAAGGAAACGUCCUUCCGAGACGGAGUCUUCAACUGCUCGAAGUAGGAUGGAUCAAGAAAUGUGUGAUGCUAUGUCGGAAGCAAUGUUUGAAAUGAUUGCCGCGUCAAAGCUCAGGACAGUUGCAAAAGCACGUAGUGAUGACAGAUUCACCAUUACUAAUUGUAUCAAAGCGUUGGAUGAGAUACAAGGAAUUGAUCAACAUACCUAUUUUGCUGCAUUGGACCUCUUUGAGGACCCUAACUUGAGAGAGACCUUCAUCUCUUUAAAAGGCGAAAGGAUACGGUUGACAUGGUUAGAAGGCAAGUGUGGUAGAAAUUUCUUUUGUUAAGUCAGAAUUUGGAUGACUUUGGAGCGCCAUAUAAUUUUAGUGUUUAGUACUAGUUUGUCCAUAACAUGGCUCUUUUGCUCUCAUUUCGAAUACUGAUGGUCCUUUUGAAGAGAUGUUGUAGGAAUCUUUACUAGCUUAGGUCUUUUUGUCAGACGAGGUUGCAUUGACACAGGGAAGAAAUUUGUA